GUUUCGGGGCGGCCGCCGCCGGUGGGCCGCAGAUGAAGAGGAGGCGGCGGCAGUGGUGGAAGAAGAGGCGGCGGCGGCGGUGGGGGUAGGGUGCUUGAAGACGCGAGCGGGGAUGGUAGGUGGUUUGGACCUGCCGGGCCGCCGUCGUUUCCAGAAAGGGUUUGACUGGAGGAACCUCUGGAGCAGCUGUACCGGGGCUUCCCCUCAGCAGCAGAAGCUGAGCAGCAAACCCUGGUUGGCUGGCUCCUCUGGCUGAUGGCAUGUUGAGGCACAUGGACCAGUGUCAACGAGGGCAUCCAGUCCAGAGGGGGCCACUCUAGAGGUCAGGCCACCAGCAUCAUGGGCCAGUGUGUCACCAAGUGCAAGAAUCCCUCAUCAACUCUGGGUAGCAAAAAUGGAGACCGUGACCCCAGCAGCAAGUCAUACAGCAGGCGGGGCGCAGGCCACCGCGAGGAACAGCUGCCAGCCUGUGGCAAGCCAGGUGGGGAUAUCCUCGUCAAUGGGACCAAGAAGGCAGAGGCUGCUGCUGAGGCCUGCCAGUUGCCAACGUCCUCGGGAGAUGCUGGGAGGGAGCCCAAGUCAAAUGCCGAGGAGUCUUCCUUACAGAGGCUGGAAGAACUGUUCAGGCGCUAUAAGGACGAGCGGGAGGAUGCAAUUUUGGAGGAAGGCAUGGAGCGCUUUUGCAAUGACCUAUGUGUGGACCCCACGGAAUUUCGAGUGCUGCUCUUGGCUUGGAAGUUCCAGGCUGCUACCAUGUGCAAAUUCACCAGGAAGGAGUUUUUUGAUGGCUGCAAAGCAAUAAGUGCAGACAGCAUUGAUGGGAUCUGUGCACGGUUCCCUAGCCUCUUAACAGAAGCCAAACAAGAGGAUAAAUUCAAGGAUCUCUACCGGUUUACAUUUCAGUUCGGCCUGGACUCUGAAGAAGGGCAGCGGUCACUGCAUCGGGAAAUAGCCAUUGCCCUGUGGAAACUAGUCUUUACCCAGAACAAUCCCCCGGUAUUGGACCAGUGGCUAAACUUCCUAACAGAGAACCCCUCGGGGAUCAAGGGCAUCUCCAGGGACACUUGGAACAUGUUCCUUAACUUCACUCAGGUGAUUGGCCCUGACCUCAGCAACUACAGCGAAGAUGAGGCCUGGCCAAGUCUCUUCGAUACCUUUGUGGAGUGGGAGAUGGAGCGGAGGAAAAGAGAAGGGGAAGGGAGAGGUGCACUCAGCUCAGGGCCCGAGGGCUUGUGUCCCGCGGAGCAGACUUAGUGGCUCUGUCCCAGGCGCAGCAGCACGGAUCUGCCCGCUGCCCUGCAGCCAACUGAGGAAUUGGACCUUUCUGGAAUUUGCUGAAGAUCCGGAUAUUUUCUACUUUACACCUUUCUCUGCCUUGUAUCUGAAAGGGCUCUAAAAUGCUGUAUCAUGUUUUAGGCACUUUCUUCACUUUUUGGUUAUUUUGGUUAUUUCUUUUUUGGGGGGGUUCCCCCAAAAUAUUUGAACCUGGCUAACUGUUGUUUAUCUUUUUUUUUUUUUUUUUUUUAAGCCUUCAGAUAGAAUAAGCCUGCCAUUUCUUGCACAAAUUAGAUUUUUUUGGGGGGGCGGGGGAGGGUGUAGAGCAGGGAGGGGGGAAUGGGACAGUUAGGUUGAAUUAUCAUUACAAAAUGACACAGUGCCAGAUCUCAGUUUUGGAUAUUCUUGAUUUUCAGGGCAGGUCUGUACUGUGUGUAGUGCUGUUUACAUGGUUGAAUUUAGGUUGUAAUAAUUAUUUUUAAACAUUAUGCAGAAUUGAAUAGCAGUGUUAACUGUUAACCACAUUGCAUUAAUUCCCAGGCAGUUUAAAGCUCUUGGAGAGCCAAGGCCAGCCAAGGGCAUUUGUAGUCUGGGGACAACCCCCUUUUAAGCUAAUUUAUCUGAAAUCCUUAUUUUCCUCACUUCUUGCUCAUUCCUCCUUUGACCUAUUGCAUUUCAUGUUGAGUUUAUCCAUCAACAUGCUGCACCUGUCAGUCAAGUGAGCAGUUUUUUUAGAACACCUUGUACUGAGAACCACUUAAGCAUCGAAUGCAGAGAAAGCAGUGCUACCUCAGUUUUGCUGGAAGUAGACUUUGAUAGUUUUCUUUCUUUGAUGAAUUUUCUGUAUUUUCAUGUUGUAAGUGGAAAUACUUUUUUUUUUUUUUUUUUUUUUUUCAUUUGCCUUGGAGCCAAAGUUUCUGUUCCUGGUGGUUGGCAAACUGUGCCUGCCGGCCAACUGACUUGAAGGAAAACUGUGGUAUGGAGCUCUGCUUGAAUUUUUUUUUUUAAUUUUUUUGAGUAUCAUCAGCUUACUUGUCUGGCAAGUGCAGAAGCCUGGGGCUGGCCUGAACUCUGCCAAACAAAUAUAGAAAUGUAUUUAAUAGUUAAAUGUGUGCCCUUUCCCUUCUUGCUGCACCCAUGUUGUCACUUAACCCCCAGAAGUUAUUUAUUAUCUUCUUUGUUACUGUCAGGCUCAUUUGGGGUAUGUGAUGACUGUUUAGGUUUACAUGACUCUCCUCUCCUUUCCCUGCCCCCAAAUAUGUAUAUAUACAUAUAUAAGAUAUGUAUAUAUUUUACCUAUAUAAAAUAUAUAUAUAUACACAUAUAUGUAUCUAUUUUUUUUUCUUUGCCUGCUAAAACUGGCUAUAAAAGGGAGCUGCCUUCAAUAUAAAAAAGUAUAAGAAGAGUGCCAGGGAACAUCAUAAAGGAGGUUUUGAAUCUGAAUUUGGACUGUUUUCACUGAAGAUGAAAUUUCUCAGCCCUUUCCUCACAAGAGGGAGUCUCAGUUCCCUAGUGCUCGCUCCGUAAGGCCAGCUUUGGCCAAACUGCCACACAGGAGCUGACUGGUCCUCCCUUGUUUCAGUAGAGGGUCCUCUUGUUAUUUUUACACUUAAAAAAAAAAAAGUCAUGAAACUGUACUGGAGGGGUGGGUGGGAGGAACUUGUACAGUUCAGCUUCCAACACUUUGGAACAGACUGAAAAGAGAAUCUUUUAAAUAAAAACUUAUAAAAAUAUUUAUAUUCUUGGGGUAAUGAGAAUUUAUUAAACAUUUGGACCCCCAUCUCCAGGCAUGUUUCUCAGCCUGGGCAGGAAUUGCUUAUUUUCUUUUAUUAGUAGCCUAUGGCUCUGGGCUCCCAUCUUUACAAAGAUGAUUUAAGGAGUUUCUACAGUUUUUCUAAAAUUGGCACUGACAUAGAGUACAUACUUGAAGUUUUUCUUUUUUUUUUUUUAAAUCCUAACAGUUGCCCCUUCUACAGGAUGGAUGGGAAACUUAAAAUCACUUAAAGUCAGCUAUAAUAGGUUAGCAAUACUGCUGGAAAGCUGAACAGGGCCCCAGUCCAGAUGCUAACACACAAGAUCCUUGUAUAAAAGUUUCUGGGUGUCCCAGCAGAUUCUGUGGGCUCAGCUGUAGUCGGGGUCCCUAGACUGAGGUGUUAACAAGACCACCUUCUCACCCAGUUUUUCCGAUUCUCGAUUGGGUAGAGGUUGAAUAAGGGUAAAGGUAGGCUGCUCCUAGCCAGCUAAGGAUUUUCUGUCUCAGAUCAGAAGGGUAUAUGGGAGUUCCUGUUGUGGCUCAGCAGUAACGAACUCAGCUAGUAUCCAUGAGGACAUGGGUUUGAUCCCUGGCCUUGCACAAUGGGCUAGAGGACCCAGUGAUGCUGUGAGCUUGUGGUGUAGGUGUCAGAGGCUCGGAUCCUGCAUUGCUGUGGCGUGGUGUAGGCAGCAGCUACAGCUCCCAUUCGACCCCUAGCCUAGAAACUUCAUAUGCUGUGAGCGCAGCCCUAAAAAGACCCCCCAAAAAAAAGAAAAAAAAAAAGGUGUAUGGCAAGUAGGGCCCAAAAGAGGUAGACUUCCUCAGCCUACAAGAAGGCAUGCCAUUCAUUAAGUAUGCUAUAAAGUGUGGAUUUUUUUAAUUCAACUAUUCAGCUUCCCACCCCUCACAAAAGAGCCAUUUAAAUUUACUUUUGGUUGUAUUUUAAUGAUACAUAUGUUACAAAAAUGUGCAAAUGAGAAGCCAGAAAAGAGAAUGGUCAGGGAGGGACUUAAGUCUCCUUCCAGGUAUGUGUCCUUGAUGCAAGGAAUUCAAGCUUCUGCAGUAGCCUGGGCCAAUGCCUGACUUUUUUCUUGACAAUAGGAAAAGCAGUUUUGCUGCAGAGAGAUCCAAGGUAGAGAACGUAUGUAAAGUUUGCAUUUACACUUCUGGGAAAUGAAAGGUCCCUGUUCCUCUUUGCCUAGAAGUAGCUUUACUGCUUAAUGAGCAGUAAUUGUGUGGAGGUCAAUGCAUGCCCCUCAGGUAAGCCAGUGCACUCUUCACUUUAACAGGACACCAGAGUGGUGUCGUGGUGUGGAGACAGGAAGGAUGUGGAUGCUAUUUUGAAAAUAUGCAGAUAUCUGAGUGACUACAACGAACUGGGUAUGUUGGGAAAUUGCUUGUUUUUGGCAAGUGACUGUGUGUGAUAUUUCUUUAGCAAUUGAUUAGAAAGCUAUAUGAGAUUAAGUUGCUUCACUGAAUUGCUCUUUCCCCAUCCCUGCCAAAUUUGAAUGUGUCAUUCUUAACCCCACCUCCUGUAAUGACAUUUUGCUAUGCUUCAACUAGUUGCCUCAGCAGUUCUGCCAGAUGUGCCCAUAUGUGAGCUGGGUCCAAGAUCCCAUUUCUACCCUUCUGAUUAGAAGGAAAAGCUAGAGCUGGGUAGAGAUCCAAAUUUCAACAAAGGCCACAGGCACAAGGAAAUCCAACUGAAAACGUACAAGACAGUGUUUUCAAUAUUAAACUUCCCUAACAAAGGCACAAACUCACCCAGGAAAGGAAGAAAGGAUUAAGCCACACACUAUUAUUUGGUCUUUAGGGACUGAUGCCAAAAUUCAGUCCUCAGGCUGGAGCCUGUAGGGUUAAUGUGAUGGCUUCCUAUAUUAUGCCAAAUUGUAUAAAACAGUGGUGGAAAAUCGCUAGGAUAAGGACUUGGUAUAAAAGUUUAAAAAACAAAAGAGAAAAUCUGUAUUUAGUACUGUGUUUGGUUUGCCACAUUUAAGACAGUCUUCAGUGCCCUGAAGCUCAAAGGUAGACCCAAUUAUACAACAAUUAUAAGGGCUGGAAGGAAGCUGCUGCUACGUUUUCUUGCUGUAAUCACCUGCUUUGCCAUUUUUCUUGUGUCUUAACGUUUGGUUAAUGAUGACCUGGACAUCUUUAACUGACAAAGCUCGACAAAGCUCUUCCUUGGGGGACUCCAGCAGUUUGUUUAAACAAAGUGGACUGAAAAGGCCAUUAAAGUGUUAUUAAAGUGUUAAUGGGGACUCAUUUGAGAACCUGUGACACUGAUCUUCCUUAGCCCACAGUCUGUUUUCUCAAUUAUAUAAAGGUUCCCACCCAAUCCCCCUCGAGAGUUUAUUCCUUUGCUAAGCUGUAAUUAUAGCAUACACCCAGGUUAACCUCAUUUGGCGUUACAUCACAGCGAGGAUCUACAGGUAUUUUUCUUCACUGAAAGACAAAAUUGAGUACUGGUUGCAGAAACAAGGUUGGUUCAAAUAGCUUUGAGUAACCAUCAGAUCCUGCUUCUGACUCAGGUGCUGGGGCAUGAUAUCCUCCCUGUCCUCUGCUUGGAAACUGAGCCAGCCUGCACUUCCACCACCCACCUCCGGACACAAAUCUUGGAUAUUGCCAAAGGAAGCCACUCAGCAGCUGCUGUUUUUUUCCCCCAAAAAAAACAUUUAUUCUGGGAGAAGAGUCUUCCCUCUGUUCCUGGUCCCAGCCCCAAGUCUGUGAUUAACUGCUCAUACCUGUUGCACUAAUGAAUGAUUCUAGGUUUCAAAGGGAGAAUUUGAAGCAAUAGGCAAAUGGGGCUUGGAGAAAUUGGUCCUACAGAUACCCUGCCUUAACUCGUUGAGGUGAUGAGUGACCCUCCACGUUUGUGGAUUCCUCUUGGUUUGUGACCAGUGUGCUCCUUGAAGUUGUACAAACUUGUUGACAAAAGUCAAUACUUUGUAUUCUCUGCACUGUUGCACUCUCCAAAUGGCCCCUUGGAUAUUUUUAUUAACUGGUUAUAUACAUUUUUGUCGUUGUCUACAUUUUUUGAUGUUUUUUUAUUUGGAAGGUAACCUGCUGUUGGACCUAAUAAAUUUGUUUACUUGACUAUUGACAAUUCUGCAAAAAACAAAAACCAAAACCAAGCCCCAAACAAAAAAAUGACUUCAUUUUGGGGUGAGAUUUACCCACUGGGUGCCUCUUCCAACAUACUGGAUUGCAAAUUCUCUGUUCUGGAAAAUAAUCCAGAUAGUACAAGAUCCUUAGACUACAGACAUGGAUGUUGACCUCCCAGUCACCAAACUUAAUGGCUUUUGGAGGCCCAUACAUUUAGGUAAAAAGCAAAUGAGUCCUCACAGAGUCACUACCUAGUCUCACCUUAGCAACUGAUGUGGAUUCCCAUGAAGAAUAAAAAAUGAAUUAGAACACUGUGCUAAACCGAUAGCUCCUAUAUCUACUAGGUUGGCAGUGAUUACGGCAAAGGAGACAAAGUGAAACCAUCAAGUGCCACUGCUCUGUGGCCUUUGGCAAACUAGUGAAAUUCUGAGUUCCUUUUAGUCAUCUGUAAAAUCAAGAGGCUGUUAUUUCUAUCAAUGUUAGGAUUUAAAAGAACAUCCAUAAUCUUUAAAACACGUAAAUAUAAGGUUUCCAAAAGGCUGUUAGGUAAGUAAUGCAGGGAAUCCAGAGUGAUAGAGAAAAGAAAGGAGGCUGCUCCUCCUGGGGGCUCAACUUCCCUCUGCUAAAUUGGGAGGAUGGGGGAGCUUAGAUUAACAUGAUCCCUGAUGACUCCAACUGGAUCUUAAAUUCUAAAGUCUGAUUGUGGUAGACCACUUAUGACCCAUAACUUCCUUUAAUUGCCAUUUUCUGUCUAGUUACUGUUUAUAUUUGGGAAAGCUGUUGACCAGCCAUCUUAGUCACUUCUUUGAUGGAGGACCUAAUGGCCUUCUCAAAGAUUCCCAGCCUCAUGUUGGUAUCUCUUUAAAAAAAUUAAGUACAGUGGUGGCAUUAGAUGUGUUUUUUCUUUUCAUUUGGAAAGGGCUUAGGAAUCAUGACUACCUCCUCUUUCUAGAUUAUAAGCUUUCUUCAGAAAACUGGAAUUUUUUUAUUACCAAGGUCAGCAUCAGAUGGAAGAUGGAAGGAAAUUUAGGGGGAGACUUUUUCACUUAAAAAGUAUUCAUCCAAAACAUGUACUUAUUUUUCCAGGUGACUCUCGGGCUUGUAUCUGCUUUGGCCUGAGUUUUUGAGCCCAGCCAGGGCCUUACAAAUAGAGGUGGGGGUGAUUUGGGUGCUUAUAUCUAGAGCAUGGAGCUAUUCGAAGUGUCAUGGUGCUGUAUGGCUAAAAUCCAAUUUUUGAUUAGAUGAGGGAUAAGCAACUAACUCAUACUAAUACCAGCUAAGCUUCACUGUAUGUGUGUGGAAUGGACUUCUUGUUGUCGUUAAGCAUGAAUGGUACACUGAAGGUGGUGCUGAGGGCCCAGAGUAUAGUAGAAUCACCUCAGUACUGGCUUCUUCCUUCCUCUCAAAUCAGUUGCCAAAGCACAUAGCUUCCGUUAGCUCUGCAAAUCAUUCUCUAGCUCUCAAUUCUGACCUAGAUCCAAAAGCGUUAGUCUGCCUGGGAAGUUAAGGCAAGGGAGUUAGCCUCCUAACCUCUUCCACUUCCUUUCCUUCCAAGGAUGUCCUGACCUAUGAAAGCUGUAAUGGUCUUUUGUGGGUAUAACAUUCUUCCUAUGUAACAUUCCAAUCCUGAUUUUCUUCUUACCUCAGGGGUGCUGAGAAAGUCCUAGUGGAAUAUGGCAGCAAUGCAGUCAGCAGCAGAGCAUCUAACUUUUAAAUAGUAUUUUGUAAUCCAUGCUGCUGAGGACUCCAUAGGCCGACAAUAUUUACCUGGGGUGGUGCUGAAAUUGCUAGUAUAUCACAAUACAGAGCUAUAAAACAAUAUGGUACUAGCGUUAAGACAGAAGACAGAGACACAAGGCUGUUGUAUACGUGGGCUGACAUAAUAAAUAAUGUAGGCUCUUUUACUGCAUUUUAAGUAAGAUAAAUUGGAUUAAAUCUAAGUAUUUGUGGGAAGAGUUACCAUAUGCUAAAAUUUAAGUCCCAGGAGGAAUAAAGGUAUAAAAAUUAAAUCAUUCAAAACUAUAUAUAUAUAUAAAUGGAUAUUAAAUUGCUCUCUGGUUAUGUCAAGACUUUCUACCCAUAAAAGCAAAUAGAAAAAAAUCAUAACAAGAACAAACUUCUAAAACGUACUACCUUUAAAAACUAGGAACGUUUUUGCAAUAAUUGACAGGAUACCUUAAAAAAUAAGUAUGGAAAAGAGAACAGAAACAUGGGCAAAAGAUAUGGACAACUCACUAAAGAAAAUUGGCCAAAAAGCUUCUGGAAAAAAGGAUAUUGAAUCUUUCAACCUAAAGGGGAUUCAAACAAACAGAAAUUAAACCUAUAAUGAAACUUUUAACCUAUCAAACUGACAAAGAUAUGAAACAAAUUGAUGCUAGCAAACACAAACUUUCCUGGAAUUUAAAAAACUUUCAGUGGGAAUUCCUGCUGUCACGCAGUGGGCUGAUGAUCCGACUUGUCUCUGGUGUUGCCAGUUUGAUCCCCAGCCUGACACAGUGGGUUAAGGACCCGGUAUCACCACAGCUGUGGCAUAGGUCACAGAUGUGACUGGGAUUUGAUCCCUGGCCUGGGAACUCCUAAAUGGAGCAGGUGUGGAUGAAAAAGCAAAAAAAAUUAAAUAAAUUUUUAAAAAAUCCCCCCCCCCAAAAAUAAAACCUUCAGUGUUCAUAGUCUUUAGACCAAUCAUUUCACUUCUAGGAAUUUUUCCUCAAGAAAUAUUAUCUGCCAAAGAUGUGGCAAGGAUAUGACUGGCAGCAUCAUUUGGGAAUAACUUCAGUGUUGACCACAGAGGACUGUUUUAGAAAUUAUGACACACAUCAACACACUGGAAUAUUAUGCAGCUAUUAAAAACUGCUUUUGAAUAAUGGAAAGAUUGUAAAAUAGUGGCAUUAGAUGUAAUUUUAACUUUUUUGGAUUUUUCAGGUUUCUAUUACUGGGUUUCCUUUAUAAUAGGGAAGGUAUUACAAGGGGGGGAAGAAAAAAGGAAAUGAAAUUGAACAUGGCUGAGUAUCCUGAACAACCCAACCCCACUAUGGGUGAGGAGGCCAGAGAAGUUGGGGAGUAGUACGUUCAAAGCCUAAACCAAGAGUUCUGUGAAAAUCUUUCAAGUUGCUUUUUUCCCCUAAAUGAAAAGCUGCUUCUCCAGCAGCUGCCUUGGCAGCUCUGCACUGGCUGUCUAGAAGGGUGUGGGAGGAAAAAUGCACAAACGCACUUAUGAAUGGAAUGUGUGUUUUGCAAGAGGCCAAGUUGGCAGCUUUGGCUUCCAAAAGACCGAGCAUCAGCUGAAAGAACAGUGUGUGCAGACUGGGGCCUCAGAGACCUUAUGGUCUGGGCCCAUCUCUGCAGAGUUCUGGAGUGGGGGCCCAUUGGGAAACUUCCAGCCCCACCCAUUCAGGAAAAGAAAUGGCUCUGACUAGUCCUAGGAGCAAAGGGAGUGCUUUUGGCACAGGGAGCCCUCAUCUGCUCUAUUAUCCUGCAGUUAGAAGAUGAUCCUCAGUACAAUGUAGGCUUUCCCUAAUUUAAUUCUUAAAACAACCUUGUUUAGUAAGUACUAAUGUUGCCAUUUUUACAAUGAGGAAACUGAGGCUCAGAGAGGGAAAAUAAUUCAUAUCCAGAUCACUAUUUGGUCAUUUUCCAAAAACUGAGUUUUUGAAUAGUCAUAAUAAUCCUUAAAAGUAGAUAUAUCCCCACAGAGCUGUGUAAAUGGACUUCAGGUUAAGUGACUUGCCCAGGAGCAGAGCUGAAGCACCAACCUAGGCAGACAUUUAUUUUGUCUCUCAGGACUGGAGUCUCAUGAGGUAGACAGCAGCUAAGCUCCCACAGCUUUGGAACUCAGCUGCAGCAGGAAAGAAAUCCUGCAACACGUUUGGUUUCAAGGUGUUCUCAGGACCUUGCAGCUGAGGUCAGCAGUAUACCUGGGGAACUUGGCUCUUUACAAGGGAACUUCAAAAACUGUAGUAUCUCAAUUCCAAAUCAAGCUCUUCAGUUUGGCCUCCUGGUUGCCAACUUUCAUAGGGCCAGACUUUUUUUUUUUUUUUUUUGGUCUUUUUAGGGCCCCACCCACAGCACAUGGAGGUUCCCAGGCUAGGGGCUGAGUCGGAGCUAUAGCUGCCAGCUUAUACCACAGCCAGAGCAAUGCCAGAUCUGAGCCACAUCUGCCACCUACAAACCCACUGAGCAAGGCUAGGGAUUGAACCUGCAUCCUCAUGAAUACUAGUCAGAUUUGUUUCCGCUGAGCCACAACGGGACCUCCCAUAGGGCCAGAUCUUAAUAGAAGUUACAUUUAAAAGGCUAAA